CCUCAGACUGGACCCCAAUGACGCCUGCUGUUUCUAUGGCUACAGGAGUGCUUGUGUAUGCACACAGCUCUCCCUCAGGAAGCUUUGAGUGCACCGUGUCUGGCUUGCGCUGGGUAUGUGUGAGGGAUGUGACUCUGCAGUAUCACUUCAAUAACCCUGACAUCUUCAGGGAAGAGCUUGCCAUGUUACAGUACUCACCAAUUGGUCCUUUGAUGAACAUUAAAGUGCUGUCAGGUGAACUGUUGGAAGCUCACUUUCUCCAUUUCGCCUGCCUGGAUGGUUCAGAUUCUGCUCUCAAUGAAGCUGUGAGGGUUCUGCAUUCGGUUGAUGGUGGAGUGCAUCUUGAAACCUGUGAGCUGACGCGAUUCCAUGCAAAGCUCAUGAAUCCCUCCUUCUCACUGAUAGGGGCCUUACUGAAAAUUGGCAUCCCCAUGAAAACCCACCUUGAGGUGUUAACCUACAGAACCAGAGUGACACCCCUGGUGCUUUUUACAUACGUAGUGCCACGAGAUGCGUCAAUGAUUCAAGCUGUCGAAGAGGAGAUUAAGAAAUACUUUCCACAUGCAAGAGAGGUCAUAAAUCCUCCGCCAUACAUUUCCGUUUGGUUUUACACCAAAUGUAGCCUCAAGGCUUCCACUGGUGAUGCAAGAAUAACUCCUGCAGCUCUUCCACUGGAAUACACUACCCGCCCAUACUUCUUUAAAGUGGUUAUUGACAUUGACAAGGUGAAAAGCUCUUUUGAUUUGGAGCUUGUCAGUGCAGGGCAGUCCAUAUGGAAGGCAACAUUAGACAGAUACGAGAUGGAAGAAGAGCCAGAGAACACUACAAUGUGUGCAGCAGCAUCAGGACAUUCAAGAGAUGGUGAAGAGGUAAAGAACACAAACAGUGCUACAGGGAAAAAUGAACAGGAGAGGAAAAUGGGCACUCAGUCAAGCAAAGGGGUGGGUGUGAGUGCCACAGCUGGCUCUGGAGGUGUGGCCAACGCCCCUGUGUUGAGUGACGUCACCAUCGGCGGCUCUGUUAACAUUUUCUACGGAUCCAGCUCACAGGAGAAUACCAAGAACUGUGAGAAGUUGUCUGAUUGACCUUCAAGUCCAGUCGCCAGAUGACCUUCAAGUCCAUUCUCCUGGGGAGUAUCAAGAGCUGUAGGCCUACUGAGAAGUCCUCUGAAUGACCUCCAAGUGAUGAUUAUGAUUUACCCCAAAGUUAUU